AUGCGGAAGCGGGCCCGGACGGCUUCCAAUGCGGGAGCGACAGACGCGCCCGAUAUUAAAGGACAUGUGGCACAGGGCGCAGGAGAUGUAAAACCGUUAGUGGAGGGCGAAAGGAAGCACGAUCCCGAGUUUUGGUAUAGCGACGGCAACAUCAUCCUCGUCGCACGCGAUGUCGAAUUCCGCGUAUACAAAGGACUUCUCGCGGACCAUUCCUCGGUUUUUAGGGACAUGUUCUCCUUACCUCAACCUCCCACCAAAGCCUCCUCGCCCUCCGCCUUCGAAAAUGGCACCUGCCCCGUCGUUCACCUAUACGACUCUCCCGAAGAUCUACGACACGUUCUACGUGCCUACAUGCCUAAAGGCGACUCAAGCCCAUUCUUCAUGACCUCCCUGUCAUACUCGUACCCUGCGAUAUCAGCCGCGAUCCGGCUCGGGCACAAGUACCAGAUGCAGAAGCUCCUCGACCACGCCAUCGCGUACCUCAAGCGGCACUACACAAACGACUACGACGCCUGGGCGAGCCACCCGGACUACGUGCCCGCCGGCUUCGGCAUCCAGGAGCACGCGAUCGGCGUCGUGAACCUCGCGCGCCUGGCGGGCGAGGCCAGCAUCCUCCCGACCGCGCUCCUCGCGUGCUGCAUCCUGAACGACGACAUCCUCGACGGCUUCGUGCGCGAGGACGGCGCGCGCGAGCAGCUCGCGCUGGAGGACGUCAAGCUGUGUCUCGCGGCGAAGGACCGCCUGGUGCGCGAGAUGAUCACGGUCGCGGUCCGCGUCCUCCAGCCGGUGAGUGCAGAUGGGUGCAAGUCGAGGCAGUUCUGCACGGACACGUUCAAGCGCGAGCUUGCGAACAUGGAGGCGCGGGUGGAGGAUAUGGUGAAUCCGGAUCCGUGUGGGGUGCCGCUCGAUGUGAAGUUCGGGGAGGGCAUCUUGUGCAUGGCGUGUCGGAUGAUGGUGCAGAAGCGCGACGACCGCGAGAGGAGGGCGGUUUGGAAGAAGCUGCCGGAGAUCUUCGGUGUUACGUUGGUGCACGCGCCAGCUAACGCUGCGGGUGGUAAUGCGGGCGUUCCAUAG